AUGGCAUUCAGGAGGCAAGUGAAAAACUUUGUGAAAAAUUACUCAGAUGCUGAAAUAAAAGUCAGGGAAGCAACUUCUAAUGACCCAUGGGGUCCUUCCAGUUCUCUAAUGUUAGAUAUCAGUGACCUGACUUUCAACACAGUUUCUCUCUCUGAAAUUAUGAACAUGCUAUGGCAGAGACUCAAUGACCACGGGAAGAACUGGCGCCAUGUGUAUAAAUCUCUUACCUUAAUGGAUUAUCUCAUCAAGAAUGGAUCAAAGAAAGUUAUUCAGCAUUGCAGAGAGGGGUACCGUAACCUUCAAACUCUGAAAGAUUUUCAACACAUAGACGAAGCUGGGAAAGAUCAAGGUUAUUAUAUCCGGGAAAAAUCAAAACAAGUUAUAACGUUGCUGAUGGACGAACAGUUGCUGCAUAGAGAGAGGGAGGUAGCGUGUCGGACUAGACGGCGUACCUCCUACUCUGUGACAUUUCCUGAAAGGUUACCUGGUAUGGGGAACUCACCGACAGUGUGUGCUUCUGCCCCCACACCAGAAAUUCCUGUUUCAGAGAAGAAGAAUAAGCUUCUUAACGUUGCACGGCUACAUAAUAAAAAAAACACUUCCAAGGCGGGACAGAAACAAGAACAGUGUCAAGACAUUGAGGUGCCCCGUGGAACUGUCUUGCCCCAGGAAACACUACCCGUCAAGAUUAAUGCCCAGAAAUCGACAGCGGACCUGAUGUUAUUUUGUGAGGAUGAUCCAAAGCCAGUUUUGCCGACAAUUCCUACUUCCAUUAUCUCAUCAAUGGCGUGGUUGUCAGCAGGGCAAACAGAUGUCUAUAAUCUCUGGGAUACAGAUGCUGUGCCUGUUCCCUCAGAAAAAAGCCCAUCUCUGCAGACAAAUGUGAAUCUGGAGAACAACUCAGACAGUACCAUUACAAAGACCAUCACAGGAAACCCUUUGCAAAUGCCUUUAGAAAAGCAGCCAGCUGCAAAAAGCUGUGACACAUUGACAACUUUGUCAGCACAUUGGCCAACUAGUCGAGAAGAGUUCAUUGGCCCUCAUUUAAGGACAUCAGAAUCGGAUCCUCUUUUCCGUAACCAGGCAUCUGUGGAGACGCUGUAUGUCUCUCCCUCAUUCACAACAUCUGACCCAAUGAAAGAGACUGGAAUCAGUAAGGGUUGUCAGCAAGCGACGCAGCCCGGCCUGGCUCCGGUGGAGGGUGAAAACCUCGAGGCCUCAGCCGCGUGGGUUUCAACUGCAUCCGAGGGAGCAUUCUCCUAUUCUACUUCCUCUGUGUCAUCCCCUGAUUCAGCCUCUCCAGAGAAGUCUCUUCAUCCCUUACCCCCGGUUUUGGCCGGACCUUCCUUUUGGACUUUGUCCCGUCAACAAUCUUCUUCUGCCUCUGUUAAAAAUAUAGAUAAGACAGCCAGGAUUCAUCACUCUUUUGGUCCUAGGAGUCCAUUGUCCUCCGAUGAAAAAGAAAAUGACAACCUCAACCUACUGGAAAUUCUUCCAGACAACUCUGAUUCUGCCAAAAAGAAGACAAGUUCUAUUUCUAGCAGUAAUUGGGUAGCGUUUUCCACUCAAAAUGUAGACCAUUUCAUCUCUAUGUCCUGUUCCAGUUCUCAGGCAACCAAAGACCUGUCUAGGGAACCUGAAGCAGACAAUUCCACUAAUGUUCUUCUAGGGGAGGUAAAAAAUGCCAUAGUCACAUUACACGAAGACCUGAGCAUGGUGAUACGAGAACUUAAUGUCAUCAGUAGUCGUCUGGUAAGCAUGAGUGGGUCCAGUCCACAAAUAAGCAAGUCUCUGCAGUUCCCCCAGUAUUCUGAGGCAGGCUCAGAUCAAGUCUAA